AUUUUCUGCAACUUACCUAUCUUACCAAGACAAUCAACUACAACCACACUGUCUUCCAGAAGGGCAAACACUUGAUUAACGACAACGAUAUAGACCGACCUGCGAUUUGAACGAAGCACUGAAACACACCUGUCGCAAGUUGCAUCGUCAUCAUCCACCAUGAGGGUCACACGAUGCCUGUACAACAACAGCAGAACGGCCCUGUAUAGGGUCUUCGUCUCGCCCUUUGAAAAGGCGGAAGUGUUGUCUCGAAGAAGCGCUCUCUCCUUCCCUGCCACUAGAACACUACCGCCAGCCUCGUCUUCCCCCGCGCAAUCUUUCGCCCGUUACGCCUCCCUCAUCCCCCGAUCCCGAAAGCCGAAUAAUUCGACGGCAUCCAAACCCAGCGCCGCCGCCAAGCCGGGACAGCUCCCUGCCGACAUGAUGAUCCGCGACCGUCAGGUCCUGGUCGUCGACGAGAACAACAAGCUCACGGGACCGCACGAGACCCGCCGAGUGCUCCAGUCGCUCGACCCGGAGACGCAGUCUCUGCGGAUGGUCUCGCGUCCGGGGCCGAACCCGGCGCCGGACCAGCCGCGGUUCGCCAUUUGCCGCGUUGUCGACAAGCGUGUCGAAAAGGAGCGCGAGAAGGUGCAGGAGAAGGCCAGGAAGGAGACGGCGCGCAAGCUGGCGCGUUUCAAGGUGCUGGAGCUCAACUGGGCCAUCGCGCCACACGACCUCGGCCACCGCAUGAAGCAGAUGAAGGGGUUCCUGGAAAAGGGCUACAAGGUCGAGGUGCUCUUUGCGAAAAAGAAGGGCAGCAGGAGAGCGACGCGGGAUGAGGCGGAGGCGCUCGUGCAGGCGGUGAGGGAUGCCGUCGCCGAAGUCGGGGGCGCCAAGGAGUGGAAGGAGUCUGAGGGGGAGCCCCUCAAGGUCUUCAAGCUUCAUCUGGACGCGCCGGCGGCGGCGAAGGCCCCGGCGGUUGCCACGUCCGAGGGUUCCUCGGCGAACUGAUCGUCGAGUCCAUGGUCAGUCGAGCUGUGCUCAGCCUGGCACCGGGGGGAAAGCCUGAAGGAUUUGCGGAGACAAAACGUAUCAAGGCCUCCAUUUGGUAGACUUGGUCUGUAUACUAGAGAUAUCCUGAAUAAGUUGUAUAGUAGACUUGCAUACUACGUGAUCUAAAGUCAAGAUCUGUACAAGGCUUUGCUGUAAGAAAUGUCUACUCUUCUCGCGCUGAACCAGGUUUUAGAUU